AUGCCAAUCGGCAUACAGCGACUCAAUGCCAGAAAUUCGCAACCAAACCCCAACAUUGUCUUCAUCAAGCCUUUACCGGGUCCCCACGAAAAGUCUGCGCAGGCUUUUCUGGAAAGGAUUGCAGCACAAUGCCUCCCAGUAAUGCGCAAACAUCACCUCUCGGUAAUGAGUCUCGAAGAAUACGAACCAAACCGUGAGUUUGUCGGUCGCAACUUCAACGCAGGAGAAGUUGUCCAGCUCGUGCUGCGGUCGGUCCAAACAGGCCGCUGGCUGCCCUUCAACUGCGUUCAGAUGGUUAUGAUGCACGAACUAGCCCAUUGCAAGCAAAUGAAUCAUUCGCGCGCAUUCUGGGUCGUAAGGAACCAAUUCGCCGCCCAGAUGACCGAUCUCUGGGGCGAAGGCUACACUGGAGAGGGCCUAUGGGGCCGUGGUGCGAAUCUGACUACGGGAGAGUGGGAGCGCAACCAGGUCAACUCCGACGAGGUCCUCCCGGAGCAUUUGUGCGGUGGUACAUAUCGUUCUCCCCGGAGGAAACGCAAGGCGAAGACUGCGCUGACGCACCAGCAACGAAAAGAGCGGAGGGUUCUCAAAAAGUUUGGUGUUAAUGGGGUUGCGCUGGGUGCAGAUGAAGACACCAAGAUCAAGUUGGAAAAGGGGAAGAGGGUGAAAGCGAAACCUAGAGUGGCAGGAAGCGCGAGAGGUCGGGAACUCCGUGCGGCAGCCGCAUUGGCACGACUCGAACAGCAGAAGGAUCAAGAAAUAGACGACGGCAAAAAGUGCAAAGUCGAAGAAAACGCGACAGCAUCAGAAAGCGAGACCGGAGAGAGCCAGUACGAAGACGACGACGUUGCCGAAACCGACCGCCAGGACGCAAUCGACUUGGAUGGCGUGACGCCCUUGCGAGACGCCAAAGGCAGAAGUAUGGUCAGAGUAUGCUCCGACGAAGAUGCAACCAAUCCAGAUGCGAGGGAUGAACUCAUCCAACUGCAGGAUGUGUUCCGCGCCAGGGUCAAGAUGGAGUCCCCUGUGCCAGAGACGUCUUUGCGGCCCGCAGUGUGUCAAGAAAGAGCCCAAAGUAGAAGGGCCAUGUCCCCGGGAGAAACCGGCCCACUCCGAGUCACGCUGGUCAAAGUCAUCCGAAACCAAGCUUGGGCAUGGCGGGCGAGCAGGGUCGACUCCUGCACAGCAGCUAGCUUCAUCAGCCCGAUCAUCAUCAGCCUGUUCAAUGUGCUCAUUCAGCAACAACAUUUUGGCAGUUACGUGCAGCAUGUGCGCGAAUGUGUUGAACCCUGCACUUUGGCCGGAUUCAUGGACAUGCAGCACCUCAUCAUGCAGAAACAGCGGAUACGUCAACUCGGAUGA